AAACGGACUUCAUAUGUAUUCAUUCUAUACCUCAGAUAUAUUCAUUCUGUACUUAUAUGCAGUUUAAUUUGUACUUACAAUUUAAAACCGUUAUCUAAAGGCAAAAUAUGACGCCUCAGGCCGUAGUGACAAGCGCAGGAGUCGACGCGCAGAAUGCUGGUUGCCAGUCACCGUUUGUCGUUUGCCGUUGCCAGCCGCACAUCAAACGCAGUAUAUUAUUAAUGUCGUCCAUAAAGUUUGCGUGAUCUCUUGGACAAGUGUGAUAAAAUUUGACAUGGAGUUGCAGGAACGUAAAAACGACAACGGUGACAUCAAGCAAGAUGUUUCAAAAGACACAUUUCAAAAUAUAAUAGGAUCGUUCGGAAGAUAUCAAUUUUGGCUUUGUUUUUUGAUAUUAUUAUGCAAAUUCUUCGUUGCUUUUAAUCAAAUGGCAGUUAUAUUUUAUGCGCCAAAAGUACACUACACAUGUGAAGAUACAAAAGCCGAAACAUGUCCGUGUUCUCAACCUAUUUAUAAUACAUCGAUAUUUACGAACACUAUUACUAUGGAAUGGAAUUUGAUAUGUGAAAAAAAAUGGUUGGCAAAUUUGACGCAAACAUUGUUUCAAGUCGGCACUUUACUCGGUAGCGUACUGUUUGGAAUGGCUUCAGACAGGUUUGGUAGGAAGAAACCUUUACUUGUGGCCGUCGUUCUACAACUGGUAACAAGUACGUUAUCAGCUUACGCACCAAAUUAUUGGACAUUUACCUUAUUCCGUGUUCUGAUUGGCGUAUCUGUCGGUGGAGUUAUGGUUACUUCCUUCGUUUUGCUAAUGGAAUUCAUCGGGAAUAAAUAUCGACACGUAAUAUCUGCGCUGUACCAAGUGCCAUUUAACUUAGGGCACAUGCUGUUGCCGUUUUGUGCAUAUUUUGUAAGAGACUAUUCGGAUUUCUUACUUGUCACCUCUCUACCCAGCGCUAUUCUUCUCUGCUACUUCUGUCUUGUACCAGAAUCUGCAAGAUGGUUGAUCGCUGUAAAGAAAACAGACGAGGCUAUAGUUAUUUUGGAAAGGGUAGCAAAAAUAAACAAUCGUCAAAUCAACGUACGAUCUGAAGUGGAAGCUUACGAGAGGACAUUAACGGGAAACAAUCAAAAAGGAAACAUAUCUGAUUUAUUCCGAACACCGAAUAUUCGAAAAAACAUAAUUUGUAUGUCGUUUAAUUGGAUGACUUGCAGUUAUUGUUUUUACGGUGUAUCACAGUAUGUUGGACAUUUAAGUGGGAAUGUGUUUAUUAAUGUAGCAGCUAGCGCCAGCGUUUCUCUUCUCGGUAGUUUUGUAUCAAUACCAUUAUUGAAGAUAGCUGGAAGGAAGACUAUUGUUAUUGUAUUUAAUUUUAUUUGUGCUCUCUGUUUAAUUACACUAAUAUUUGUACCCUCGGGUGUGUUCUCUAUUGUGUUAGCGUGUACGGGAGUUGUAUCUAGUUUUAUUGUUUUCGUUGUUGUAUAUUUAUAUUGUACAGAACUAUUUCCUACUGUUGUGAGAAAUGCGGCGAUUGGAUUUUCAUCUAUGAUGGCAAGAGUUGGUUCCAUGUUGGCACCGUUUGUUAUUGACGGAGGAGAUAUCGCGUACUGGAUACCACCUCUCGGAUUCGCCAUUCUACCUGUCUUGGCUUGCUGGGUGACUUUCUUUUUGCCUGAAACAAAAGACUGUGCCUUAUUGACAACUAUCGAGGAAGGUGAAGUUUUCGGUAAAAAGCCAAAAGAUGUACAAACAAAGUAAUAAAUUGAUACUGUUUUUUUUUACUUGAAAUUAAAUCAUGGAUAUAAGAGGGAGUAUCUAACAAUAUCAUAUUGUAUAACUUCACUACAAUCUAUGUUACAUUAAUUUCGAGAGCAAAGAGUU